GUUAGGACAUUCAUAGCAAAUGUAGCUGCCAUGGGCCGGAAGCGUACCACCGGCGCGGCUGGCGCGCAGGCGCAGACGCAGCGAACUCCGACCAAAGGCGAGAUGGCGCAGAAACUGGCGCUGGAUAUUCUCGAUGAUAUCAAGGAGUUCCGCAUUAAUGUGGAAAAGCAAACGGACGAGUCCAUCAUUGCCAGUCCCUAUCUGAACUACUUGGAGAAGUUGAUGAUGUGGAUCUGCUGGGUCACGGCGAUGCAGGCACUCCAGGAGCCGGACAAAGCCGACAUCAUGCAGAUGAAGAGCCUGGACCAGUGGCUGCUCAUGACGCUGCACAGCAUCAUGAGCAACUGCACAUUCGCGUCUGAUGACGCCAGCAAGUUGCUGCGGACGCUGCACGUGGCGGAUGCCUGCCUGGAGUCGCGCGGCUUCAGCCAGCCGCUGUCGAUCAAGCACACCGCAACGGACCAUGCCGCCAUCACCGCCCUCAGACAGCUGGGCCUGUUGUCCCACGACGGCAGAGACGGGCCCUACUGCACGGUGCGGCGGCAGCUGCGCUGGCCGGCCCUGGAGGCGCACCAGCAGCGCAUGGAGGACCGGGCGCAGCGGCACCGGCCAGCGGGCGGCAGGGAGGCGGGCGGCGGGCGGGCGCAGGAGGACGAGGAGGACGAGGACGAUGAGGAGCUGGACAGGGUGGGGACGGGGCUGCUGUCAGACGUGUACGGCGAGGAGCGAGGCGCGAGCCUGCGGUCGGACCGGGCGGCGGCGGUGGCGGCGGAGGAGGCCGCCAAGGCGCUCGCGGCCAUUGCUGCGGCGGAGCAGGUCAAGGCGGCGCUGCGUGAUGAGAAGCAGCAGAAGCAAGUGGCCGCGGUGCGGGCGCUCAUGACCAGCUGGAUAGACGACCUGCAGGGCGGCAGCGGCGGCGGCGGCGGCAGCUCCGCGGGCGACGAGGGCGGCGGCGCGCUCACGUCGGACGGAGGCGAGGGCGGCAGCGGCUAUGGGAGCUCGAGGGAGGAGGAGGACGACGACGACCUGCUGAUUGGCGCCAUGGAGGCGCGGCUGCAGGGCCCCCUGGAGCCGGCAGGGCUCGGCGGCGGCGGCGGCGGCGGCGGCGCAGGCGGCCUGACAGGCGCCGCACCGCUGACUGCGGAGCAGCGCCGCGCGGAGCGCUGGCGACGUGUGGAGGAGCUGGAGCGCCUGAAAAGACGUGCGGAGCUGCGCGGCGACGUGGAGAGCAUGAUGGCCUUGGACGUGCAGCUGCAUGCGCUAGAGCUGGAGGAGCAGCGCGACGCGGACGAGGAGGAGGAGGCCCGGGAGCGGCAGCAGCUGCUGCUGAUGCUGCCGGCGGUGCCGGCGAUGCCGGCCCCGCAGGCUGCACCUCCGGCGCUGUCGCCGCGGGGGCAGCUGCCGCCAGCGCCGCCGCCGCCACGGGCGAGGCCGCCGCCGCAUGUCAUGUUGCCUGCACCGCCGCCGCCGCCCGUCAUGCCGCCGCCGCCGGCGCAGGCGUCGCCACAUCAGCUGCAGGGGAUGCCGCAGCCUUAUCCGGCGUAUUCAGGACCGCCGGAGGGCCCGUUCCAGCGGGAGCUGUGGCCCCUGCCGCCUGACCUGGCGGCGGCUCAGCACGAGCAAUUCAUGCAGCAGCAACAGCAGUACGAGCGGCAACGGCACGAGCACGAGCAGUACAUGCAGCAACAGUUUGAGCAGCAACGGUUCGAGCAGCAACAGUUCCACCAGCAGCAGCAUCUGCAGCAGCCGCAGUACGGGCACGAGCAAUACGAACAGCAGCAACAGUUCGAGCAGCAGCAACAGUACCAGCAACAGUACCAGCAGUUCCAGCCGCCGCCGCCCCAACCGGCGCCCCAGCCUCAGCCUCAGCCCCCUCCCCAGCACCCGCCUCAGCAGCAGGCGGUUGCGGCGUCCAUGUCCCUGCAGCUGCUGCAGGGCGCGCAGGCCAGGCGGGCGCAGAGCCCGGCCCACAGCCCGGCACAGGCGCCGGCGCCGACACAGGCGCAGACACAGGCGCAGACACAGGCGCAGACACAGGCGCUUACGCAGGCGCAAACACAGGCGCAGACACAGGCGCCAGCGCCUGGGCUGCGGCCACGGCGGCCGCUGACGAGGCUCACGUCGCGACUGGCCCGGGUGCUGGCGCUGGCCCUGGCGCAGGGCCAGGCGCAGGGGAAGCUGUCGCUGUCGGCGCCCGCGCUGCCGCGUCCACAGCUGCGCGGGCGGGGGCGGACGGAGCUGUCGCGUGUGAUUGAGCAGGCGGCACAAGCGGUACAGGCGUCGCAGCCGGCGGCGCCGCAGGCAGGAGCGGCGGAGCAGGUGCAGCCGCCGACGGUGAGCGAGGACGAGGGCAAGUGGCCGCCAUUGCCAGGCGCGCCACGGCCCGCCCCCCUGCAGGCACAGCCGCAGCAGCCGCAGGCGCCGGAGCCACAGCAGCAACAGCCGCAGCAGCAGGACCCUCCGUCGCAGGCGCAACGGCCGCCUGUGCAGCUGCCACCGGCACCGCCACCACCGCGCCCAAGCGCCGCACCGCCCAACCGCGGGUCACCGGUGCAGGCGCCGGUCCAGGCCCCUCAGCCUCCGGCGCCUCCGCCGCUGGCCCCUCAGCCUCCGGCGCCUCCGCCGCUGGCCCCUCAGCCGCCGGCGCCGAGUCCUGUCGCCGCCGGCCCCGGCCUCGGCGCAGCUGCCUCCGCCUUCACCUCCGCGGACCCUGCUGUUGCUGAGCUGGAGUCUCUCCUGGCGACCAAGCUGGCGCAGGUGUACCCGCUGCGGCACCCGUACCGUUGGGAGGUGCCGGAGGGCUGGACGGUGGUGGAGGGCUUCCUGCUGGAGGGCGAGCGAGACAACUACAUCGCGAAGGUGGGCCGGGCGGUGGAGUGCGAGCCGGCGCCGCUGCGGCCGCUGCACUUGCGGCUGCUGCUGCUGGCCAUCAGCGCCGACCAGCUGGCCACCGCGCGCCAGUGCGGAUACCACCCGCAGCUCCCGCCCGAGGCGCACAACCCCCGCACGCAGCCCGGAGCCGCCAAGCUUCUGGCCGCACCCCCGCUGCCGCCGCAGCCCCAGCAGGCGCCGCAGGCGCACCUGUCGCAGCCGCAACAGCCGGCGCAGCAGCAGGCUCAGGAGCAGGAGCGCGACCCGCAGUGGCCGGCACUGCCGUCCGCAGCGCCGCCGCGGCCAGGCCAGCCGGCGGCGGCGGCGCAGCCGCCAGCGCCGGCGCAGCCGGCGCCCCCGCCCUCGACACCUGGCCGACCGGUCCGCAUGCCGCUGCAGCAGUUCCACCGGGCCACGCCCUCCCAGCCGCAGCAGCCGGCGCCGUGGGGGCAGCUGGGCCAGGGGCAGGGGCAGCCGCGGCCGCAGGGGCAGGGCACCUGGAAGUCGGUGCUGCUCAAGAGCCUGGCGCUGAACCCGCUGCGAGCCUACGGCCAGCAGUCGCAGCAGCAGGGGCGGCAGGCGGCGUCUUCACGGGGGACGUUGGGCACGGCGGCGGCGGUGGCGGCGGCCGUGGCCAAGCCCGACCCCGGGCCGCCGGCUGACUGGAAGCCCACCUUCAGCGGCGCCAAGAGCGGCGUGGACGGCGGCAGCAAGGACGGCGGCACGGAGAAAGGGAAGGCGCCGGCUCCGGCUCCCCCGCCCCCACCGCCGCCGCCGCGGCCGCCGCCCCAGGCACCACCGCCGCGGCCGCCGCCGCCCCUUCCGCCGCCGCGGUCGGCGGUAAGCGCUGCGGAGCUGCGUGCGGAGCUGAACAAUGCGGUGGUGGAGGCGCGGCAGAAGCUGGAGCAGUUCAUGUACAGGAACUACUGCAUGGGUGUGCGGCCGCCGGGUCGUGUGUUCUUCAAGGACAUCGUGGCCGUGGACCCAGACCUGGACCUCUACCAGAAGAUGGUGGCCACCCGCGUCUACCGCAGCCUGUCGCGACUGCUACACUCGGGCGCCGUGACGCCGGACACGCCAGUGGAGGUGAUCGAGCAGGAGCUGCGGGUGGUCCGCCUGUCAGACACCUGGAUCGAGAACCAGCUGGCCUACCAGUGGUACGCCUCCCAGUCGGCCGCGGACUCGGCGGCGCGGCUGAGCGGCGGCUGCUCCGCACUGCUGGCGCUGCUGGCGCUGGGCGGCCCCAUGACCGAGCCCGAGCUGCUGGUGGGGCUGCAGGCGGAGGCGCCAAGACAGUGCGCCUCGGAGCCCGGCGGCGCCGCGGGGCUGCUGGAGCGCUGUGUGCCGCGGCUGGUGGCGGACCAGCUGGGGACGGUGGGCGGCAGCACGGCGGGGGGCACACGCGGGCCGCAGGCGGGGCCCGUGGUGCUGUCGCUGUGCCCCGGCGUCACGUGCCGAGAGUUGGGCUUCUUCGACGCCGACCUGGCUCAGCGGCUGGAGGAGCGGCUCGAGCGGGCGGAGCGGCGGCUGCUCGCCUGAAGGCGGGAGGGCGAAAGGCAGCCACCGCAGCAGCAGGAGCAGGAGCAGCAGUAGGAUGGGAAGGGAGAGGAAGGAGGAGGAGGAGCAAGUGCAGGAAACAUGCGCUGCCUGGCGGAUGGAGACGGUGGCUUGCAUACCAGGAGCGGCACUGGUAGAGGCUACUGUCGCACAUGCCGUGUGGCAACACAACGGCUGCAGUAGAUGCAGGGAGGGUUAGGAUGUGAUCAUGCAGGCGCGUGCGCAUGACAUGAUCCCUGUGCGCUUCCCGCCUUUGUGACCAGUGCGCACUCAUGUUGACCGUGAUCCGCAAUGACUAUUUGCGAUUCUGUAUUCACCAUUGAUGAUGAAUUGAUGGCAUAAGUACAGUGAGGCCUGGUGUUGAUGUUGUAGGAGCCGAGACUGACGCGCGGGUUGGAGGCGCCAAGCCACCAAAGCACAAACGCCAGCUGAGCGCUGGUGGGCGAUGGCGUGUUGUAAGCUGGCGAUAAGGCACGAGCUGCACAGUUUUGCAAGAAUCGAUUUGUGCUGCUCGGCGUGCGCCUCAUUUGCCUUGCCUUGGCGGAGAGCAAGAGGUAUCCAUCUGGUCCCCGUGGGGGUACUGCCCGCCUCUGUAGUGCCGCACACUGCUGUUCAGGCACUUCUGCGCACAGCAUGCUUGCAAUCGCUACCGUAAAGGUGCACUUUGUAGGGACUUCACAUGAUGUUUACAAGGGCCGUGUUGUCGUCCUCAGUCCC